CAGGAAGCCACUGGUCACCGGUAUAUGAGCAUUUCGUACUAAAUUAGAGAGAGAGAGAGAUAAAUGAAGAGAGAAAUGUGGCAGAAAAUGAAGAUCUCGCUGGGUGUUUUCCUUGUUUUACCGACAAUCUGUGAACCGUCAUCUUCAUCUUACGGAUGGCAUUCUUGCCCGAAACGGAAUGAAUAUUAUGGCCGUUGCUUCUCGAGCGGUGUUACAGACGAAGACCUAUGCCCUGAAGCUCCGUCUCAGUGGUGCAGUUAUUACAACUAUAAAAGUAAAUUAAGGAAGCGUCCCUGCGCCUGCUAUAAGGGAUAUUGCAGGAAUAGGAACGGCACUUGCGUGCUGUGCAAAGACUGCGAUACAUGCAUAUAUAGAGGUAAAGAGCUUUCUGAUGAUGACUACACGUAUUUUGACAAUCCUUGUGAAAGAGCGCUUUGCUCCUUCAAAAAACGCUUCGUUGAAAGAUGCAGCAAUCCAAAGCCACAACCUUAUGGAAGCUGCGUAUACAAACGUGCUGUUGGUCGUUAUCCAAAGUGCUGUGAAUGGGUGCGGGCCUGUUAAUUCCUGCUGAAGACAUGUUA